AUGCCAAACGCGAGAGUACUCCUAUACGAAUACGACUCUGUCCCUGUUCUGGCCAGCACAAAGCAACGCCUGACUCACGAAGCUACGGAACUUCUGAACUGUAUUGAGGUAGAGCGAGAUCAGUGUGCGCAGCGGCCUCUCAUAUUCGUUGCUCAUAGCCUAGGUGGCAUAUUGGCUCUUGUGAAUGCCCACAAUAAUCCACAAUACAACCCCAUCAAAGAUUACACGCGCGGGCUUGCCUUUUUCGCUAAUCCUCAUGGAGGAGGGAACGAGACACUUGUGUCAUACGGAGCGAAGUGCGCCAGAGUCAUCAACUUCAUCACAAAUUCGCACCAGAAUGAUCUGAUGGAGGCAGUUACAUCAGGAUCACUCUAUUCGGACAUGCUGCAGGAGAACUGGAAACACCAGCUGAACAACUACCGCAUCUAUUCCUUCUAUGAAGGAACUGGAACCAUUGUUUCACGAGACUCGGCGACCUUGAAUAUGCCGGGUGACGUUGAAACAAUUGUCAGAAUCAACGCCGGCCACAGCGACAUAUGCCGCUUUGAUACUUCAAUGCCGGUCGAUAAGGACAACUAUAAACAAGCGAUACAUGGUUUGAAAAAGCUUUCGAAUGCCGCUUGCAAUCAUCUAAGGGAUAUCCUGCCUGCUCCUCCGGACACUUUGCCCUCUUUCCCCACAUCUGCCGCUGAGCUGUCCGGAACACAUCAAGGCCCAUUGAUAGUACAUCAAGGCGAAAACAACGUGCUUGCAUACACGUUGUUCCCAGAUAAUCCACGUGUUCAGCAGGUGCUUUACGUGGUCGCGGCAGAGGCUGCUCGCAGAGGGGCGUUUGCAAGUGUUGGUAUACACGUAAGCAGGUCAGACCUUUUGGUCGCAACUAGGUCAAUAGCAAGCAACGUUCUGGAGAAAAAAGACUCGUCUCUACCAUCAUUCAUUAAAUCCUUCGUUCACUAUCGCUACGACGAGGCGUACGAAGAAAUCAACCAGAGAAAGCAUCCUGAAUCGUGUAGCUGGAUCUUUCGCACUCCUGGCAUGGAAUGGUGGAUGAACAGCAAGACGCAUUGUGCUCUGUGGUUCACCGGGUUUCCAGGCGUUGGAAAGUCUACUCUGGCGAGCCAUCUGGUGGAGACACUCAGUUCAAGCCACCCAACGACGCAGAAGAGCAAGACUCUCUAUGCUUUCUGUCACCAUCAUGAGAACCACACUGGAAGCAUGGUCCUCUCUAUUGCAAUUCACCAGAUGAUCAUGGAAGAACCGACUCUACAACGUUUCGCAUUUGAUCUGGACGAUCAAGAAUGCUUCAACCCUGCCAUCAAACCCAGGGAUAGACCUUUGCAGCCCUUGUGGCGUCUUUUGUGCAAGUUGAUACAAAAGUCCGGGGUACAAGUUGUAUUCUUCGUCAUUGAUGCUUAUGACUUGAUAGACCAUGAUGACCAGAAGAAGCUGAAAGACCUUUUUCGCCUUUAUUUGAGUAGUAGCGAGCCUGGAAAACCGCUUCUGAAGGUUUUCAUGACAAGCAUCCCCUUUCAGCACAUAAUGGCAUUGCAGUCUGAAUGGGACGCCCGGUCGCCUAAAACCCUCCAAACCAUUGCCGCCUCAGAUCACGAGAACGAGAUCGGCAUAGAUAUCGAUAAAUUCACGAAACGCGAAAAAGAGAGAAUCAGGAGGCUUCAAGGUUACACACAGCGGCAUCUGAGCAUCAUAGAUGAGCAGCUGAAAUCAUACCAGCCCAAAAGGUUUCUGCCCAUUGCACUCUACUUCAGACAGCUCGAGACCGCAGCACCAGAAUCACUGCAGAACUUCCUCCGAAAUCUCCCGGACGAUAUGCAUGUUGUCACAGAGAAACUUGUAGCACGGCUUCCACCAGAGUUACUCGCCGGAUCUUCUCCACUAAUGAAUUGUGUCAUACACGGAUUCCAGGCACUAUCCAAGUCGGAACUAGCCUUCGCAUGCCGGGUGUUAGAGGAUGGGCUAGAUAAAGACCUGCCUUUCCCCGCUGAGUGCAAGACACCAAUGUCAGACGACGACAAAAAGAGCAUUGCCAUCAGGGUCGGCAGGUAUUCUCCCCUUCUGGAGAUUGGUGCAAACAACACGAUUGAUGUCUUCCACAAAUCGAUUCGGGACUUUCUCCUGCAAGCUGCCGAGGAGCGAGAAAAUUUCUGUCUCAAAAGCCACAGGCAAGCCCACCGAGAUCUUGCUGUUUUGUGUAUGAAGGUCAUCAUUCACAAGGAUGAAUGGCUCAGGGCUCAACAGCGAGAGAACAGGUCUCUUCCUAGCAUUCGGAUUUAUCUCGGAGAACAUACUUUCCUCCUCUACUCCGUUCGGUACUGGCGACAGCAUCGUCUUGAGGCUAUACCGCCCCAAACACCACGCCACAAGAUUGACGAAGAAAUUCUUUCAGGCGUACAUGGAAUUGUCAAAAUGUGGAAGGAUGACAGUACGAACGUAUAUUUACAAGACAGAAUGAUCUAUAACCUUGGUCCCUCUCAGCACCGUCAGUGUUUGAAUCGAAACCUAGCACCCUUGGAGGUCCUGAGCGCAUUGGGUCUUGACGCCAUACUUCAGGUAUUUAUCGAGUUGUCCCAGAAAACUCCGGCACCAAGGAUUCGGAGGCCGACAGAGAGGAUCAACAACGCAGUCAGGUUGGCCAUUCAGGGUGGCCACGAGGGCUGCUUUGACAUAUUGUGUAAAUCAUUCGAUAUUUCCUCACUUGAAGGAGAAGACUUUAAAGGUGUGAUGGCCGACUCAACAUGGGCAGGGAGUCCAGGGUUGGUUGAGAAAGUCCUAAGGUUAAGACGUACGAUGAUCCCGGAGUUCUUAGAAGCCUUGUUCGCCGCUUUUUCAACAGGGGACCGUGACAGCCUCAACGAGCUUACCAGAGAUCGAUCGAUCUUCAAGGACCACGACCACUUUGGAAUGAGUGCGCUUCACGCUGUUUUUGCAUACAAUCACGGUCAGACGUUUAGCAAGGACCUGUCACCUCAGGAGCCAACCAAUGUUAUUGUGGCCAUGUGUCAGUAUCUCAUCCGGAAUGGACUGGAUACUGAAGAAGAGGACAAUUACGGCUUUACACCACUACAUUGGGCAUGCAGAUCUGGAUUAUACUGCCGGCGACAAGUAAUCGAAUGCCUUGUUUCCAACGGUGCCAAUCCUCGGUCGCGAUCUGUUUCUGGCCUGACACCACUACACCUUGCAGCAUUUUUUGCUACAAACAUUGAUGGAUUCAACUGUCUUCUCGAAUUGGGAUCCAAUGAGCUUCUAGGGAUAGCAUCGCUUGGACUGAUGACACCACUGCACUGGGCCGUCACCCGUCCGUCACGGCGUGCUCACUUUCCUCAUGAGGAUGGGGAAGAGGACAUAACAGAAGAUAUCAUGAGAUCAUUACUACGAGGCGGAGCGGACAUUCGACGGGAGAAUUCGCGCGGCAUCAGUGUGUUGCAGUGGGCAGGUCGCGAGAGGAGUCAGAUACUACAGGCCAUCUUCUCUGGUCUGGAUGGCGUUCAGCUCAUACAAAUUCGCCAUAACGCAAACAUUGACCAUUCACCACUUUGGCAACCAUUGGGAGAUUUAGAGACGGAUUCACCUGGUCGCCUCGUACCCCUCGCCAACGCGCCGUGUACCCAAAUUCGACAACGAGAUGUCGAAGAAGUCUGUGAGACCUCAGAGCCUCAGCCUGCGCGGGCGAACUUGUGGAUUCGCAUCAAGCGUCGCUUACGUCUUGACCAGGGGAAGUUCAAAAGGGCAGUGAAGGUCCCUUCCAUUGCGGCCGAGAAGUGGAGCCUGGCUCCGAUAUCGAGUACAGUAGCGUCCGCAGUAGCAAGAGCCAUUCUAGGCCCGGAGGAUCCGAGUCAGCAAUCAAAUGCCAAUUCAGCCCGACUCUCCGAUGGCAUGAACCUUGUCGAACCGACCGAGGCCGACUACACUUCGCCCAGACUUUCCAUGACAAUGCAGCACGCAUCCCACGCUGUGACGCUAGGGCAAACAGGCACGCUGGCACUAAGAAAAAAACACCGAACCCCGUUUGGGGGAGUGGGGGUCCUCCGUCACUUAUCGCUGCCAAUCGACGAUAAUUUGCGCUCGCGCCCCGACCCCAACAACACCAACAAACGAUCCCAACCAAAGCGACCGGGGGUGUGGGUGCGAGGCCCGCAAAACGAGCUCCGUGGACCCGGUAGACAAGCGCGCAAUCCAUAUCCGUACGGAGUUCUUUACAUUUUUCGAAAUUUAAAUCCCAUCACCAACCCAUGGCGACCUCCCUCCUCGCCCAAUGCUCAACCACCCUCUGGUGCCACCUCCGUUCCCUCCCCCUCUGGGCCUUCGUCCUCGUCGUCCUCCUCCUCGGCGCGCUCCGCCAGCGCCUAUUCCCAUCUUCACCGUCUUCUUCUCCGACCAGACGGCGACGGGAAGCACCGGUCUCAGUCACUCAAGGAGAAGACAACACCAGCAAACCAGAUACACAAGAUGGCGUCCGCAAUCGCAAAGGCCUCGCGCACCGAGGCCGACUUCGAUCGCGUCCCCGUCCGCGUCGUCCGCCUCAUCCGCCUCGCCGGCGCCAGCGGUCUCGCGUACGCAGCCUACAAGAUCCACUGGCGCAUCGUCCUCGCCAGCUUCUUCACCGGCCCGGGCAAAUUCAGCCGCAUACUCAUGCUCAUCUUUGCCCUGCUGAACCUCAAGAACAUGCCCUUUGUCUGGACCUACCGGGUAUGGCACGCAAUAAUCUACCACCUCUUCAUCCGCAAAUCCCCCCGCCUCGGCCCGCGCUCCCUCUUCCGCCCCAUGAUCUCCCAAUCCCACGCCCCCAUCACCGAGAUAGACUACAACAUCCACAAGUCCAAUUCGACCUACUUCUCCGACCUCGACGUCUCCCGCACCCACCUCUGCACCUACCUCCUCCGCCCCGGCUUCCGCCAACUCACCCACAACGCGACAACAAAACUCGUCCUCGACCCCAAAACCUCAAAACCCGCCCGCGGCCCGCUCGGCAUCAUGCUCGGCGCCGUACACUGCUCCUUCCGCCGCGAGAUCACGGCCUACGCCCCCUACGAGAUGUGGUCCCGCAUCCUCUCGUGGGACCGCAAGUGGCUGUACAUCGUCACGCACUUUGUCCCCAAGGGCACCGCGCGGCCGACGGAGUGGCUCGAUCCGAAAUUCGGCACCGCGCGGGUCCGGAGGAACACCGGCGGCGACGCGAGCAGCAACAGCGCGGACUGGGAGAAGAAGAUUUACGCCACGGGCGUGAGCAAGUACGUCUUCAAGAUUGGGCGGUUGACGGUGCACCCGGCCGUCGCUCUCGAGGCGAGCGAGCUGCUGCCGCACAGGCCGACCGAGGGCGGAUGGCAGGGCGGCGAGAACGGUGUCGGGGACGAGAGUGUUGAUCUGAGCCAUGUCGCGGACGACGGCGCGUGGGACUGGAAGAUGGUUGAGAAGAGGCGGCGCGAGGGGAUGAGGUAUGCUGCGCAGUUUGCUGCCAUGGAUGACCUGCAUGGAUGGCUGGACGGUGCGGAUGGCGGUGACGGAAGUGCCUUGGGCAAAUUCGGACUUGGAUAA